AUAUGGCAUCAUAGGUAGACCUAUUUUUAGAAGUUUAUUUCUCAUUGGGAAUUGUACCUACUGCUGCGGCAAUAACAUUAUGUAAUAGUAUAUUAUUUCAAGAUAAGAUACGGGUAAAAUCGAUUCCGUUUAUUAUUAUCAUUUUGGUUAUAUCGUUGUUUGACUUUGUGCAUUGCCGUCGUUCUACGAAAAAUGGAUCUUUCUUUCGAGUAAGUAAAUUUUGGAAUACUUUUAUUGUAUAUAAUUUUUUUUUUCUAUGUAAAACGCAUUUAGUACAAUAUUAUCUAUAUAGUUACGUACAAAAAAAUAAAUAAAUACUAACAUUCACGUAUUUAUAUAAGGUUGAAGUUCAAUGUUGCCAUUUGGCAACACUAGGCGUUUAUAGGACUGUUUUUAAUAGAAUUUUCAUUUUUUCGAUUAGAAAUGGGUUUUCACUCUCCGAGGCGUUAGAUAUUCUUUUAAAUGAAGAUAUAGAGGGAGAUAUUUUUAUUGAACCUCCUUAUCCUCAUGUUGAGUCAGAUGGAGAUUCCGCAGAUGAGGAUGGGAGUGGUUUCGUUGACAAUCUCAGUUCUCGGCAAUUGUUAGCAAAUGCUGAAAUUCGGUUUCAAAACAAUGAACGUUUAGGCGUUAAUUAUGAAGUCAGUCAAAAUAAUAUUUCUCAAGUUCAUACUACACGUGAAACUUCAAUCGUAGGACCUAAUCAGUUAUCGGAUAAAUAUAAAAAGUGGAUGAGCACUCGUAUAAAAUCGAAACGUAAACCGUGUUGGAUAAAGGAGGCCGACUUUGAUAUUGAAACGACAACUGUAUUUCCUAAACCCGACUACUCAAAAUAUCAAAAUAUGUCCAUAACCGAAAUUUUCGAAAAGUUUAUUGACGAUGAAAUAAUACAACAUUUUGUAGUAGAAACCAAGAAUUACGCAUUAUUUUUAAAUUGUCCCGAUCCCAAUAUUACUGUCAACGAAAUUCGAUGUUUUUUGGCAAUUUUGUACGUAAGUGGCUAUAAUGAUUUACCAUCAAAACGUCAUUAUUGGGAUAAUGGUGAUGACAUGAAAAAUAUUGCUGUAUCCCAAUCAAUGCGCAGAGACAGGUUUUUGCAAAUUUGUCGUUUUUUUCACUGUUCUAAUAAUACAGAAAUUAACCAGAAUGACAAGGGUUGGAAAAUUCGCCCUUUUAUGGAAAUGUUGAAAAAACGAUGUGUUGAUAAUUUCGUACCAGAAGAGCAUUUGGCAUACGACGAAAGUAUGGUGAAAUACUUUGGACGGCAUAGCUGUAAGCAAUUCAUCAGGGGAAAACCAAUACGAUUUGGGUAUAAAAUAUGGUGUCUGAACACAAAGGAUGGUUAUCUAGUGAAUUUUGAUCUUUAUCAGGGCAAAAACCUCAAAUCGAAUUCUGAUUAUGAAAAAUUAUUUGGUAAGGCUGCUAGCCCACUUUUGGUAUUGUUAGAUGAAAUUCCGGAUAAUAAAAGAAAAUUAAAAUAUAAUAUUUAUAUGGACAAUUUAUUUUCAAGUCCCGCUUUAUUUUCAUUCUUGAGAUUUCGUGGAUAUAGUGCCAUUGGUACAAUUCGUGAUAAUAGGAUUCCAAAAAAUUGCCCAUUGACAAACAAAACAGAAUUUAAAAAAAAAAAUCGUGGAUAUUUUGAGACUGCUAUGGAGAGGAAUGAUGGACUAUUGUAUCUACGUUGGAUGGACAAUGCCGUCGUUACAAUGAUUUCAUCGUCGUGUGGUUCUCAACAUGUCGGACAAGUAAAACGAUUUUCGCAAAAAGAAAAACGAAAUGUAUUAGUCCCAAGACCAAGACUUAUUGCAAAAUACAAUACGUAUAUGGGCGGUACGGAUCAAAUGGACCAGAAUAUCGCAUGCUACCGUAUUGGUAUUAGAGGGAAAAAAUGGUACUGGCCUUUGAUAACAUGGAUGUUCGAUGUAGCUCUCCAAAAUAGUUGGAUUUUAUACAACAAAGCAGGGGGAACAAAAAUUAAUCAACUUGAUUUCAAAAGAGAAAUCGUAAAUGUUUAUUUACGAAGUUAUCAAACUAAGCCAAAAGCAAUCGGAAGACCAUCAAAAUCAACAUUUUCGACUGAUUGUCGGGUUUCAGACUCAAUCAGAUUUGACAAAAUAGAUCAUAUGGUAAAACAAACUGAAGAUAAAAAAAAGAAAAGGUGUGCUGGAAAGAAUUGUAAGUCAAUUAUGAGAACAAUGUGCUCAAAAUGCAAUGUAGGAUUAUGUAUCGAUUGUUUUAUACCAUUCCAUACAAGCUAAAUAAAAAAAGUGUAUUGUGCAAGCUAUAAUAAAAAUUUUUUUUUUACUUAUAUUCAAUAUUAUAU